AUGCUGGGAAAUCUUCCGAAACCAGCACAAAUAGGACGCAAAGCAAUAGGUAUCCCAAGUAGACCAAGGACAUCUGUGAGUCCCUCUGAUCCAAGCCAAAUACGAGGUCCAUUGAAGAGAAAACCAAGUACUGAAUAUACAUCUAAUAUAAAUAUAAUAUCCAGAUCUGCAGUACCAACGCAAUCAACAGCAGCCAAAAGACCACAACCUAUUUCUAGAGAUGUGUUGGAGAAGGCGAGGGCACGAAGAGCAACAUUAACACCCAAAACUUCAAAUACGAAAUAUGACCAACCUAAAGAAGUACCAAAUACGAAGCUCUUAACAAAGGACAAGGUUAUAAUUAUUAAUGAUGAAAUAAGAGAAAAAACUGAAAAAAAAAAAAUCGCAACUUCAGCAGCUCCUCAAGCUGAGUUACUAAAUGUAAGGAAGGAAUUAGAGGAAUUGAAAAAGAAAUAUAAAGAGCAGAAUGAGAUACUUUCUAAGAGUGAGGAUCUCAAUAAAGCCAAUUUAUCAGCAAUGGCACAACUAGCAGCACUCAAAGCUAAGGAACUUAAACAAAGAAGAGAACUUGAGUCUGAAAAAAAGUUUAGAAAAAUCACACAUCAGAAUAACAUAGAUCAUAUCAAACAACUACUUACAGAAUGCCAUAACCGAUUUGAAGAUGGUCCACAAGUAUCUUCGCUUCUCGGAGUGUCCCAUGUGACAUCUCCUAAAUGUCAAGUUGAAAAAUCAAGAAUUUUAAGUAUUAUGGAUAUAUUAAGUUGUGAGGAGAAUUUCAAACCAGAAUUAGUAAAACAACUAGAGUGUAUUGAAGAAUGUAAUGCAAAUAUUUGGGGGCUUGGGCCAAGAGACUUGAGUGAAUUACUCGACGUUGCUACUUUCUUUGGUGGUCCUCAAGUAAAUGUAGAUCUUAUCAAAACCCAAGUGCAAAGUUUGAAUUGGUAUUUAUCUCAAACUAAUUAUGAGGAAGGAAUGAAUAUACACAUAGAUAAAACAGUAAGAGAUAUCAUGUUAACCUUGGAAUCUAUCCCCUUUAAUACUAUCAGUAUGGAAGACUUAGUAACUCUCUUAUUAGUUCCACUUUUUUCAACAAGUCAUUAUAGUUACAUAACCCAAUUAUUCACGCUAUUUGAUAUUGAUAAAGAUGGUUACAUAUCAACAGAAGAUUUUAGAGAUUUACUCAAAGAGAUUGAAUGGGACGGAGUCUUUACCAAUGAAGAAAUAGACUACUUAUUUAGCUGUGUAAAACGAUCCAGUAAACAGGAGUCUCAAUCUAGAUCAAAUAAGCUUAUCAAUGAGACAGACUUUAUUAAUUUCUUUAGUGUGAUAUUGCAAUAUUAG